GAAUGAGCUGAACGGACAAAAUCAUGCCGUCGCUCUUAGAGAUGAUGUCAGCUCCGAGAGGGAGGGUUUAGUGAAACAUAUGUAGGAAAGCAGCAUAGCCCCGUUCCUCUACAAUCUUUUGUCCAGGCAGAUCCUAUGACAUUUUCUUGGAAAAAUAAACCUUGCGAAGCAGCCCUUCAGGCAAGUAUUUCUGUGUACGAUUUGCAUAGAUUCGAUGAAAAACUUGAAAAAAAUUAGCCCAUUUUCUACUGGGUACCGGAAGAGGGUUUUUUUUUAUGAACUUCAGUAGUAGAAUAGGAGCGGAUAACAAUUGCACACACACGUUUCCAGCCGGUGAGUAAGGACCGCCGUGUGCCGUGCCUUGUGUGCGAUGCCCGGCGCUCGCCAGCCGCCGUCCCCUCGGCAGAGCUUCAUCCACGGCCCCGACCGCCCCGGCGGGAGGCAGGGUGGGACCGUGAGAGGUAGUUUGCUUCAUCUGCAUAAAAGUAACUGCGGGGUGGGAGGAAACAUCUCAUAAUUAGAACACGGGACAGAAAUCCAGGUUUCUACCAACUCCGCCACAGAGCGAGUUUGUUAUCCUUGGCGGAAAGGUCUCCCGCCUCCCCUGAGCCGCCUGCCCGGGCAGGGGCAGCGAGGCCCGGGGGACCCGCACAGUAAGCGGCCCUAAGCACCGGAGGUUCCUUCGGGUGGCGGCAGGAUCCGUGCCAGGCCAGGAGGAUCCGCUGCCCCGACCGGCCAGACCACUUCGGCCCACUGCCUCCCGCCUAACUCGCCCCAGCCGGAAUACGGAACACUUUAUAUUCAAGAAUACAAGAAAAACAACAAAGUGGAGUCAAGUACAUGCAGCAGCUUCAUGGGCUUGAAGGAUCAUCUGGGGCAUGACUUAGGCCACCUUUAUGUGGGGAGCACUGGCACACAAAUAAAUGCAAUUGAACCUUGGUCAAUGGCAGAGAAGCCAACGAUGGAUAAGGUUAAUUCUAGGAAAGAAGAUGUAGACAAAGAGGUAUCUGAAGAGACUUCUGGAAGCUCUAGUUGUGACUCUGAAGAAAGCACAAAUUCUGACAAUGAUUCAGAGAGACUGAAUAAUUCUGCAUCAGAAUCGCAUUUACUGCCUAAGACUCACCGACAGCUGUGCCGGUCUCCUUGCUUAGAGCCUCACAUACUAAAACGAAAUGAAAUCUUGCAAGACUUUAGGAUAGAAGAGGCUCAGAUAGUACCUAAGGAAGUAAAAAAGCCCCCUGAUGUGGUGAAAGAAUAUCAAACCAAACUGGAGUUUGCACUUAAGUUGGGUUACUCUGAAGAGCAGGUUCAACUUGUACUAAAUAAACUUGGUACUGAUGCUUUAAUAAAUGAUAUUUUGGGAGAACUUGUCAAACUUGGGAAUAAAACUGAGACUGAUCAGACUGUAACUAAUGCUAACACUAGUGUAAUGCGUGAAGCGUCUUCCAUAGAGUCUCAGAGGUCAGAAUCUCCACUGCAGGAGGAUGUGACGGAGGAUGGUGACAACCUGAGGCCAAUAGUUAUUGAUGGCAGCAAUGUUGCAAUGAGCCACGGGAACAAAGAAGUGUUUUCUUGUCGAGGAAUCAAAUUGGCAGUAGACUGGUUUUUGGAAAGAGGCCACAAGGAUGUUACUGUGUUUGUGCCAGCAUGGAGGAAAGAACAGUCGAGACCUGAUGCGCUUAUCACAGAUCAAGAAAUCUUGCGUAAAUUAGAAAAGGAGAAGAUUCUUGUGUUCACACCAUCCCGCCGAGUGCAAGGGAGAAGGGUGGUGUGCUAUGAUGACCGAUUCAUAGUGAAGUUGGCCUUUGAGUCAGAUGGCAUUAUUGUUUCUAAUGAUAACUACAGGGAUCUAGCCAAUGAAAAGCCUGAAUGGAAGAAGUUCAUAGAUGAACGCUUGCUGAUGUAUUCAUUUGUUAAUGACAAAUUUAUGCCUCCUGAUGAUCCUCUUGGCCGCCAUGGUCCAAGUCUGGACAAUUUUCUUAGGAAGAAGCCUAUUGUACCAGAACACAAGAAGCAACCAUGUCCAUACGGGAAGAAAUGUACCUAUGGGCACAAAUGCAAAUACUAUCAUCCAGAAAGAGGAAAUCAGCCUCAGCGGUCUGUAGCUGAUGAACUUCGUGCCAUGUCUAGAAACACAGCUGCCAAAACUACAAGUGAAGGAGGACUGGUAAAAAGCAAUAGUGUUCCCUGUAGCACUAAAAAUGACGGCACUUCUGAGCUGAAGCGUGCUGCUCCAAAGAGGCAAUCUGAUCCUAGUAUAAGGACUCAAGUCUAUCAAGACUUAGAGGAAAAGCUUCCCACCAAAAACAAAUUGGAAACCAGGUCUGUACCUUCUUUAGUUAGUAUACCAAGUUCCUCUGCUGCAAAAUCCCAAAGUACUGCACCUUUAACUAACGGCCUUCCAUCUGGAGUUCACUUUCCACCUCAGGAUCAAAGACCACAGGGACAGUAUCCUGCAGUGAUGAUGGCAACCAAAAAUCAUGGAACGCCAAUGCCUUAUGACCAGUAUCCAAAAUGUGAGUCUCCUGUGGACGUAGGUUAUUACUCUAUGCUGAGUGCGUAUUCAAAUCUAAGUAUAUCUGGUCCGCGUAGUCCUGAAAGGCGCUUCUCCCUGGACACAGAUUAUAGGAUUAGCUCUGUAGCUUCUGAUUGCAGCAGCGAAGGGAGCAUUAGCUGUGGCAGUAGUGAUUCGUACGUGGGUUACAGUGAUCGCUCUUACAUGAGUUCGCCGGACCCGCAGCUAGAUGAGAAUUUGAAGUGCCAACAUAUGCACUCCCAUGGCCGCCUUAACACUCAGCCCUUCCUACAGAGCUACCACGAACCUCUCACACGAGUGCAAAGCUAUAGUCACGAAGAACCAAAGCAUCACCACAAACCUCCAGUUCCAUACAUGGCUGUGCAUCUACAGCAUCCCACAGUCGGUGCUCGUUCUAGUUGUCCAAAUGACUACUCUACGUCUCAGAGUUCAUCACAUUCAAAGACCAUGCAUCUGGGGAGAGCCCUCGUGUCCACAAGAAUAGACAGCAUUUCAGACUCGCGUUUAUAUGAUAAUUCUCCAUUAAGACACAGAAAGCCUUAUUCUGGCCAAGACGGGCUUGGAAGUUGGGAUAGGCAGAGUUAUGGGCUGGAUGCAUAUGGCUACCGCCAGACCUACUCCUUGCCGAGUAACCCCACACAGCCGUGUUACGAGCAGUUUGCCUUCCAAAGCUUACCUGAACAGCAGGACCAGACCUGGCGCGUACCUUACUGUGGAAUUCCUCAAGACCCUCCAAGGCACCAAGACACCCGGGAGAAGGUUUACAUUAACCUCUGCAACAUCUUCCCCCCUGAUCUUGUGAGGAUCGUUAUGAAGAAGAACCCUCACGUGAUGGACGCUCAGCAGCUCGCUGCAGCUAUCUUAGUGGAAAAAUCUCAGCUAGGUUAUUGAGAGAUGAUGCAUCUUUGUGGUGUCUAGUAGUUUUCAGCUCAGCUCUAACGCUGAGGGAGGUUUGCUACAAUAGCAUUUGGGAUCUCCUUCUCAGCAAGGAGGUUAUAUAGUAAUCCGUUUAUGUGAAAUACUGUAUCAUGGAGUCUGUGUGUAUAGCCCCAUGCAUCAGAAGUACCAGAUAUGUUUUGUGUUCUAGUCUGAAAAUUUUUAAAUGGCUAUUUUCACAGCUGGAGAAUGUUCCAGUUUAAAUUUAUAUAUAUAUAUAUAUAUAAAAAAAAAAAAAAUGUGGUCUCUGGUUAUAAUCUUUGGUGCAUCAGGGGUUUAUAUGCAGCACUUUCUAUCCUUGUUACAUGUUGGGAUUUUUGUUUUCGUUUUUAACUUGCUGGGUCUUUGUCCUUGGGCUGCGUGGUAUUAAAACAACCUGCAGAAAGAGGAUUUUGCUAUUUCUGGCACGCAAUUUUUCAAGCCAAGUUUUUGAACUUUUUACAACACCGUAAGUGUGUAUGUUUGUUUUUUGUGAGCUUUUUUGUGCUAUAAUCAUCUUUUUAUAGGAAACAAAGAUUUACUACAGCACUGACUUCAUUUUUUUUUUAAACAAAUAAUUGAGUUACCAGUUAAACAGUGAAAUGGGUAACAAUAUAUUGGUAAUUUAUAGUAUGGCACUUUUCAUUGCUUGCUUUGUUUUGUUUAAAUAGUUAAUUGUAUUGUUGAUGCAUUCGAUUAGUAAAAUCAAAUGCAAUCAGACAAGGAAAAAAAAUUUUUUUUUUCACUAAUUUAUGGGUAAGAGAAAAGCCUUAUUGCCUGAUUUUCAGAGGUGCUGAGAAUUUGCAGCGCCUGUUGAACUGACGAGAAGCUGCAGAUGCUCAGAACCUCCCCAAACCAGGCCACCCUGUUUCAGUUCCCGUGUGUUGUUACCAAGCUGUGUGUAUUUCUGGUCAGUAGAAGGGGGCCUGAAAUUGUAGGGUCCUGCUUAGCUGUUUUAUGUGGGGGUUUUUCUUUGUAUUGCUGCACAAGUGUACUGGAUAAAAUAUGCUUUUCAUAAAAUAUUUACCUGUUUUUAAAUGAAUUUAAUUAUCUCAAUGCAAUUUUGUAUUUAAGAUACUGUUUUGAUUUUUCUUGCUAUUUAUCAAGGCUGGCCUGAAAAGGUUUUGUGUGUUGAGGAUAUGCAACAUUAUUAACUGCACUAUGGUAAUGAUAUUGUAGCUCAAAAUAAUAACUUAAACUUUUUUUUUUUCUUUCUGUUUUGCCUGGGGAGGGGAGGGUUGCAGAGAGAGAAGAUACUGUUAUGUGUUCCUGAAGCUAGUUUUUGGUCUGUUGCAUCAUUUAGGCCUGAUUCUUGCCACAAAUAGUGUAGUUUUAGAAACAGACAAACCAAGUCUGUUUUAGUAUUAGUAAGGGAUAUUUCUGGUUUUAAGUCAUGGGUUUUACUAGCACCUCGUAAGCUUUUAUAUAUAUAUAUAUAUACAUAUAAUAGAAAUAGAUUUUGCAAUUGAUGUCAGAUAUACUUGCCGACAGUUUUAGGUUUCCAUCCAUUGUAAUGAUGUUCAGCAUUAAAAAAAAAAAAAAUCACAAGUUUACACUAUUACUGCUGAUAAUUUUGGUACACUUGCUGGAAUUUAAAGUAAGGCCCUGAAGAACCAGAAAGUACCUUUUACUGUUGAUACAAAUUGUAUCUUUUUAACUGAGAACUAUUUUGAUUUGUAGAUGUAGUAGAAACACAAAUGUAUAACUAUAACUAGUCUUUUGGGCAACAUUUUAUCCCUUAUUUAAAAAUUAGAGAUUUCAGACAUAGAGUAGACUUAGGCAAGUAAAAGUAGAUAGGUGUCUGUCUCAAUUUCACAUAUUAAAAAGAAAAAAGAAACUAUUGGCAUCUUCUUCCUCCCUCUAAAAUCUUUGUAGUGGGAACUCACUAAAAUAAAGGUAAAAUGCUGCCUGAAAAUGAUGUCCAAGCACCUUUGAAUACGAAGAUGUUUUCACUACUUGUGUGACACUGUGUGUUGCAGCGAGUAGGGUUUGGGUAUACAGUAAAUGCUUCUAAAGAGCAUUGUGCUUAUAGACAUAUCCAAUAAUCUGAACCAUGUUCAGCAAACCAAUUCAGGACGUAGUGUUCGUGCAGCUUCCACUGCUGAUGUGCUGCGGGAUCUGCCAUUGCCUGUCCCAGCGGCGGUACCAGAGGGGCUCUAUGCCAUCUGUCCUGCUUUACCUGUUUAGGGAGAGGACCUCUUCACCUGUCGCAACAGUUUUUCCCUGGAUUUGGAUGGUCGUGAUCUGUAGAGCGUGUUUUAAUGUAGAGGUCGAUGCAGCGCUGAUGCUGAGGUUUGGACUGGGAAAUGGGUCUCAUCUUAGUUGUACACUAAGAUUUUUUUAAAUUGAAUUACACUCAAGUACUACACCAUAGUGUAGAUGCAUCUGUUUUAAUAAUGCAAGUAUUAUAUUUGUGUUUUUUAAUGGGUUUCUACAUUUAUUUUUUAUGUAGGAAUUUACUUCUGCCGAAAGUUGAAUUCCUUUAAGCAUGAACAGAAACGUGUAUGUAAUAGAGGCAUUUUGUCUUUUUCCCUAUCGCAUGAGCAUCAGAAUGCUUCCUACCAUGUACAUGAAGCUGUCUGGCCUAGAGUGUUGGAUCAGCAGGCUUAGCCACGUUGUUAAAACGGUGUGAGGAGACGUGUGGGGCUGUGUGCUGCAGUGGCCAGGCCUGGGUUAUCAUGGCACUGAUUGCCUCCACAUACGUUUAAUGCAGUAUUGAAUCCCUGAAAGUGUGGUGAUUGCUAGAGAAUUCUUGUAAUAGGUUCUGUGCUUUGUACUCAAGCACUGAAAAUGCUUUAAAAGUAGAAGUCAAUUGGUGGGUUUUGAUGUUGUGCAAUGAUAUGCUAGUUCCUCUUAGACUCUGUUAUGUUGGGUAAAGCAAAUUUACUGUGGACAAAACAUUGGUGUUGGUAUUUCCUUUGGUUUUGCUGUGAUAAUAGAGAGAAUGAGGAGUUGUUUGUGAGCUCCUCCACACGGUGAAGAGAUCAGUCUAUGUAUUUAACAGGCUUUGGAGAGGGCACCAGUAAUAAACAUGAACGCAAUGAUACUGGUCAAAUACUACAUUUGUCAACGUAAUUGCAUUGAUGCAAAUAAGUGAAAGUAACAUCCCGUGUUACUUAAACAAUAGAGGUGGUUCAGUGAUACUGUCUUUGCCCCAGCUGAGUGCUAGAAUUGCAGUGAAGGAUGAAGUACCUUCAAGUUAGGCCUGUCCCAACACUAAGAAGAGGGCAACACUUUCCCUUUUCUUCGGUACUUGAGAGUUGGUUUGAUACUUAGCAGAAACUCCCUAUUUUUAGAUACAGUCUCAAGCUAUUACAGCUACAUCAGUAAUAGUAUAUAGAUACACAGUAUUUUGAAUGCACAUUCACAUUAGGCAUCUGUCUACAAAUGUUUUGUACACAAUAUGUUGCCAAUAUUUAGAGUUCUAAAAUAUGUCCCAUGGAUACCUAACUUGGAGCUAAAUAUUCCCGGGCUAUGACAGUAUUAAUGACUUCGUUGUCUCUUUUUUAAAAAAAAAACAAAAACAACAACCAAACCAAAAAAAACCCAAAAAAACAAACAAAAAACGUGUACAUGUGCGUGUAUCACACUCACAGGUACUUGGCAAGUGGGUUUAAGACUACUGUUAAUAGUCUGAGGUAAGAUAGGUAUCUUUUCAGGUGUCCUGUUUUCUUUGGUACAUCUGAAUUGUAGCCGGGUUCUCCACUGUGUUCAUGUGAUGCCCCAAAAAGAAGGCGUGCCACUCUGGGGAAGCCCUUGAAGGAAGGAGACUUUUGUAGCCUUGGAGUAUGUGGACUGUUGUUGAGCUGUUGAUGAUCUUCUGCUGUGAAAGUCAUAGCUAACACUUUUCCAAAAAUAUCAAAGCUAUCAGUGUAAACCAGAGUACCUCACUUGGAAUGGAAAGCUGGGGGCGCUCGCCCCGGUAAGGUGAGCACCAGAGGACUGAACGCCUAGGGUGAGAGAGAGCACAGCAUCUUGCUGCAGUAAGAGACUACUGAAACAUCUAUCAGUUUCAUCAGUUGAUGGUUUGACCAAGGUGUUUUUGAUGUGUAAAGCUUGAAAAAUGAGACACAAUGCUUUCAUACUCUCUGGAGCAUUUAGAAAAAUACCCAACUGACUUUUCAUUGCUACUGAAAAUUUAAAAUACUGUGCAAUUAAAAAGAGACCAUUUUUUAAAAUAAAAAUAAUUUAGAAAUUAUUUAUUUUGAUUUACAGUGUGACUCUUGAUAAUUUAUUCCAUGCAUUAUAAGGCCGUGGUGGAGUGCCAUUUAUAUUUUUUAUUUAUCAUAGGAACUAAAACUGCUGAAAAGAAAAAACAGUACAUUUAAACUUAAAACAAAACAAAAGUCUAUAGCCUUGUUUAGUUUUUUAGAAAAGGGCUGUGGUUUUAUAAAUGUGAAAUCAUGCAUUUUAUAUACUUUGUAAACUUUAGAGAAGCAUAGUUUAAGAAUUUUGUUCAAAUUAAAUAUGUAUGUGCACAUUGUUUAGACUAACCGUGUAACUAAUCCUAAAGUCAUCUGUGUUAAAUGAUUGUUCCAGCUAACCUUUUGCUAGGUAACAUGAGAUGUUUAGACUUCAUCUUUACAUGUUCUAGAAUACAUUUCAUAUAUCUUAACGCUUUGUCAGAAACUGGUGAUCUAGUCACCUGAUCACACAUUAAAUGUCUGUUUGCAUGUGAAUGAUCGUACCGUGUGCUGGGUUUUCCUUGCAGUGCAUUACAAGGUAAUACACUAGUACACAUGAAGUACACAGUAGAUGUUUAUAAAGGCACUAUAUCAAAUACAGCAUGUUGCUCAUGGUCAUGGGUAUGCUAUAAAUAAUUUUCCAGCUUCCAUUUUCAGGUCUUAAAGGGUUGGCAUAACUUGCUCCCAGACGGAGGUGAGAUCUCACUGGUGCUGGCAGGUCUUUUGGCCAGGAUUGCAUUUUGUGGUCCUUGAGAACACCUACAAACCAAAUCUACUUGGAUGCUUAAGCACAUCCAUCCUUGGUGUUCCAAUCUACUCUUCACCUUGUAAAACAAAACCUCUCCGCUUUUUGUAGCUUUUUUCUUUUGGUCUCAGAUGAAGUCUAAUUUACUACAUUAGGUUGGCUGGUUGGUUACUUUUUUUUAUCUGCAUGACAUUCUUAAUGAAACUGGUAUUUAAAAAAUGUUUUACCGGAGUAUUACAGAACAUCCUGCAAGGAAACAGAAUUGCAGAUACAGCAGCAAUAAUUGUGUUUUGUAGUUCUUUUUCCCCUCAUUAUCUCUGUACUUGUGUUGAGUAGGUGAGAUUUUAAUGCUGUCCUGAAGUCCUUUCUGGCAAAAAACCCCAAAACAAUUAGUUAAUAAUGUUUGGGCUACUUGAUAAAGCAAUUGUCAAACUGGCUCUUCAUUCCUUCACUGGUUGUUCUGUAUUAUUUCUGUGAUGUGACUAUUCACAUCUUAAAACCACCUUCUAAACCAUACAAAAAACCAUGUACAUGGAUUCUGCUUUUAGAGAAAAAAAAUAAAGAUUCAUUUUCCUCAUUGA